UAUAUCUCGAAGUCUCAUAUCGGGAUCCACGAUUGCCUAGUACUGUCAACUUUGUGGUGUCAGAAAGGUUUUUCGUAAAGGGAGAUUUUGUUUCGUUUUCUAACAGAAUAAAGUUUCUGAGUAAUCACAACAAUAAUUAUAGACUUGAAGCUUGCAGUUCUUAGCUACGAGGACAGCAAAAGCUCAUAAAUUCUGCACUAUCAUAUAAGAUUGCAGUGACAUUUUUUAUCAAGUCGAUAUUACAAUACCUCAUAUACAGAACCCAAAAAUUACUAAUCUCGGGAUGCACACUCAGAUUUGAAAAAAAAAAGUAAUUCAACCCGUUCUAGUCUUUCCUAAGACUCAGCAGGUAGCAUCACAAAUUUAUGCUUAACAAAAGGUCAGAUCAGAACAGGGCAUCAGAGAAAGAGUUGAAGCAGAAAACAUGAGUCUAACAUACACCAGGUCACACUGGGCAUUUGACGGACGUUGUUUAUAUAGUUGCAGCCAGGUUUAUGAACUGGGCUGUAACUGGGAUGAUCUGGAGCAGCUAGCACAAGGAACUUUAGCAGGCCAUCUUUUAGAGUGUGGUGGUCAGCUGACUGGAGGUUUUUUUAUGCAUCCAGGAGACAAACACAGAGAUAUAUCUUUUCAAUGUCUUCUAAAUUUACCACUUUCAUAUGCUGAAAUCAGUUAUCAAGGAGAGAUAUGUGUGGCGAAGGCUGAUGGUAGUGGCGGUGUUUUGAACUUCGGUACUUGUGCGCAGCAGCUUCUCUAUGAGAUUACAGAUCCAAGUGCUUAUAUUACUCCUGAUAUGGUGUUGGACAUGCGUGAUGUGACUUUCAAACCCCUGUCUAGCACCAAGAUUCUCUACACUGGAGCAAAACCUUCAACUAUAUCGACUCCUGAGAAAAUUCUGCAGCUAGUGCCAAAGGAAUCUGGAUGGAAAGGGUGGGGAGAAAUAUCAUAUGGAGGCUAUGAAUGUGUAAAACGCGCGAGGGCAGCUGAAUACCUGGUUAGAUGUUGGAUGGAAGAAUCAUAUCCAGGUAUAAAUAGCCGCAUAAUUUCUUAUAUCAUUGGACUUGAUAGCCUGAAAGCAGUCAGCAGUGAUAGUAUAACGUCAAUAGCGGUUGGCUGCCGAGACAUAAGGCUACGCGUGGAUGGGCUAUUUGAGGCCGAGGAACAUGCAAUCAAAUUUGUUUAGAAGCAGUAGUUAUAAACAUAAUCUAUGAAUUUUUUUGGGUUUUUUUUAUAUUCAUGAUGGAAAGUUAUGUUUUGUUUAUGUUAUUUUAAUGCAUAAAUGUGGCCUCAUUACUAACCUAUAUAUGCAUAGACAAUAACCUUGUUUAUCUUAAUUAGUGACUCAUGUUGCACUAACUAAUGGUGUGGUGCAUCGUGUAUAAGAAUUUGUAUGUGUAAGGUUCACAAGAUUGUGAUUCUAUGUAAAAAUUUGUGAUUUUGAAUUGACAGUAACAUGAUUGAUGUUGUUACCC